GCGGCGCCCCAGCAAGGUGACACGGCGCAGGGGGGCAGAGCGGCGCCCUCGAGCUGCGUGGAAGAAGCCCGGCUCGUCUUCUUCUGCGCGAACCUCUCCUCCUCACACACAGUCGCCAUGGCGGACAGCGCGAGCGAGAGCGACACCGACGGCGCGGGCAGCAGCUCGGCCACCCCGAUGUCGACCUGCGCCUCCAACUCGGGCAAGCCGAGCAUCGUGAUCUCGCAGUUUCGCCUGGAGGAGCUCACCAACCGGCUGGCCUCGCUGCAGCAGGAGAACAAAGUUCUGAAAAUCGAGCUGGAGACGUUCAAACUCAAGUGCAAAGCGCUGCAGGAGGAGAAUCGAGACCUGCGCAAAGCUAGCGUCACUAUUCAAGCCCGAGCAGAGCAGGAGGAAGAGUUCAUCAGCAACACCUUGUUCAAGAAGAUCCAAGCCCUCCAGAAGGAGAAGGAGACCCUGGCUGUCAACUAUGAGAAAGAGGAGGAGUUUCUCACCAACGAACUGUCCAGGAAGCUCAUGCAACUCCAACAUGAGAAGGCUGAACUGGAGCAGCACCUGGAGCAGGAGCAGGAGUUCCAGGUCAACAAGCUCAUGAAGAAGAUCAAGAAGAUGGAGAACGAGACCAUCUCCAAGCAGCUGACUUUGGAGCAGUUGAGGCGGGAGAAGAUCGACCUUGAGAACACAUUAGAGCAGGAACAAGAAGCCCUCGUCAACAGACUGUGGAAGCGGAUGGACAAGCUGGAGGCAGAGAAAAGGAUCCUACAGGAGAAGUUGGACCAGCCCGUGUCGGCCCCUCCGUCCCCACGGGACGUCUCCAUGGAGAUCGACUCCCCAGAGAACAUGAUGCGGCAUAUCCGCUUCCUGAAGAAUGAGGUGGAGAGGCUUAAGAAGAGCUUGCGCACCACCGAGCUGCAGCACACGGAGAAGCGUGCGCAGUACAUCGAGGAGGAGCGACACAUGAGGGAGGAGAACGUCCGGCUGCAGAGAAAGCUCCAGAGGGAGAUGGAGCGUCGGGAGGCGCUGUGCAGACAGUUGUCGGAGAGCGAGUCCAGCCUGGAGAUGGACGACGAGCGGUACUUCAAUGAAAUGUCGGCGCAGGGUCUGCGAGCGAGGACGGUGUCCAGCCCCAUCCCGUACACCCCCUCCCCCAGCUCCAGCCGCCCCAUAUCUCCAGGUCUCUCAUAUGGCAGCCACACAGUCGGCUUCACCCCACCGGCCACUCUGUCCAGAGCCGCCAUCUCCCACUACAACACCCCCGCCCUGCACGUCCACGGAAGCUCCUCCCACUCCGUAGCGAGGCCCUCGCCAAGAAGAAGCACCAGCCCUGACAAAUUCAAACGUCCGACUCCCCCACCGUCCCCCAACACACACUCAGGGGCCCUGCAGCCACAGCCUCCGCCGCCCCUGCCCAUGGUCCAGUCCAUGUCUUCCCCGGCAGCCAUGUCGCAGCACGCCGCCGGGGCCCAGCCGCCUCCCUCCCAGCCUUAACGGCGCACGCUCGCACGCACACACGCACACGCACACAGACACACACACACGUCUCCGUCUCGGGGGCACGAGGGCGCCCAGCGGAUGCCACGACGCCAAAACCGCAGCAGCUUCCAUCGUUAACAAGCUCUGGAAGAAGCGCUCAAAAGCAGCUUACAAAGUUUUAAAGAGAGAAGCGACACAGCCCAGCCAAAACCCACGCGUCGGCAUUUCCUAAUUGCUCUUAAACGAAUGGAUGUACUGAAAAAUAAUCGCUUCUGGGACUAGUAGGCCAAUUAUCUGUCCGCCCUCCUGUCGUGUAUAUGUUUUUGUUUUUUUCUUUGCUUUGGAACUUUAGCUGGUUGGAAUUGUGUUUGUGGCGCUUUUCAGAUAGCACAAACGGCACAGAGCUUCACCGCGGCUUUUUUGUCGACGAUUUGGUUUGCGAUACAUGGAUGUUUGGGUCACCUGAUGGAUGUAUGGCCGUCUCUGUGGAUGUGAUCGAUUGUUUCUACGCCUCUAACGUGGCAUUCAACUGCAGUAAUGUCCUCCACCACCACCCUCCCCCCACCACUACCUACACUACCACUCCCUUUCAUCUGUUCAGCAAUUGUCAUCGUUCACUCACUUAGCAAGGUCGGCCUAGAGGUGUCAUAGAAGACCACCAGGGGGUCUUUGUUGUAGCGUGUUCAACACUGAGCACGCAUAGCUGUUAUUUCUGUUCCUGCAGACAUUUUCCAAGCUCGUUGAAGUAAAUUUGGGGAUGGGUGAGUCGGGUCGUCUCUGUGGAUGCACACUGGUACAUAAACCACAGAUAAAUGUCGCCUUUAAGGUGUUAAAUAAUGUAGUCUGAGGUGUUACUUCGUCAUGUACUCUUUGCUCUUCUCUCUCUCUGAGUGUAUUUCUCAACUCUUUAUCAUCAGAUAAUGGCAAAAAAAAGAAAGAAAACACAUUGUGCUCUUUACACUAAAUAUACAUACUGCUAAAACAUUCUAAAUGAAUGGUACUGUCAAAACAAAAUUUCUAUGUAUGAUUAAAAGCUCGAGAUGAAAACU